AUGCGACAAACCUUCGCAUUCACAACCGCAGCUAUGGCAGCAGCUUUAGAAGAUACCCCCGUCUCCUACGAAGAUUUGGCUGAAAUCGAAAGGGAAUUUGAUGAUGUUGAAACGGAAAUCAUUCGACAACAAGUUUCCCUCACUCAACCUCUGUAUACCCGUCGCAACAAAACUAUCUCUCAGAUUCCCAAUUUCUGGGCCCUGGUACUCGAACAAGCUCCUCCAGAUAUAGAUCAAUAUAUUCAACCUUCCGAUUCCGCUCUUCUACUUUCCUCACUUACAUCUCUGCAUGUAUCGCAUUUCGAACUCGAAGAUCCACAGUCCACCAAGGGCGGAGAUCCCAGAUCUGUAUCAAUUACAUGGACUUUCUCUCCAAAUGAAUACUUCACAGAUGAGACAUUGGUCAAGAAGUUCUGGUAUCGAAAGAGUCUUGGAGGUUGGUGUGGUUUGGUCAGUGAACCUGUUAGGAUUCAUUGGAAAAAGGGAAAAGAUUUAACCGGAGGUUUAUUGGAUAUGGUUUGUGAUGCUUGGGAUGCAGAACGAAAGGAAAAUUCGAAAAUGACUCCGCAACACAAAUCACUCGAGAAGAAAAUCAACAAUACAAGUAUGGGAGGUUUAAGUUUCUUCGCAUGGUUUGGAUUUAUUGGUCGAAAAGUUAGUGAGGAAGAAAGUAAAGAAGCAAAUGCGAGAGAUUCAGCAAAGAGGGAAGCUAGAAAAAAUGGAAAGAAGGUGGUUGAAUCGGAUAAUGAUGAGGUUGAGGAAGAUGAUGAUGAUGAUUUGGGAAUGAAAUUGGAAAUCUUCCCAGAUGGUGAUGAUCUUGCUAUUGCUAUUACGGAAGAUUUGUGGCCUGGUGCUAUCAAAUAUUUUACCGCAGCACAAGAGCAAGAUGCGCUAUCAGAUGCCGAUUUUGAAUCAGAUGAUGAUGAUGACGAUGAUGAAUUGAAUGAAUCAGAGAGACCAAAUAAGAAACAAAGAUCUUCUUAA